CCAACAAACGUCCUUGGUGGGCAACCUCAUCGCAGGCUUCUGGGUGUAAUGGAGGUCAUCGCCGCCGUUCAGCGACAAAUAGAGCGGUGGGGCGCUGGAGGGGAAAUAGAAUGUUGCGACACGCUCAGAGCCGCCCACAAACGCGCUUCGGACCCUCAAGUCUUGGACACGCUCACGACGACGUAUCAAACGCUCUUGUCAUCGACGCUGGCUACAUGGGUCCCGAAACACGCGCUCUCCCCCGCAGCGUUCGUGUCGUUCGUGAAGAAGGCUCAGGACGGUCUCCCGUCUUCCUCGUCCGGCCCUCCCGCAUUCUCGGACAAUCUCUUGGAUAUGAUCUGGGCUUUGUAUGCGCAGCUGGACGAGCUGGCUUCCACUGCGAAAACGACAGUGACGAAUUGCGGGGACACGCCGGAGGGCAGUCUCGCGACCGCGCAGACACAAGCUAAAAAGGCGGCGGAGACGGCAGAGCAGGAUAAACAGGUCCUCACUGGAAUUGUCAAGCAGCUAUUGGAACUUCGUCUCGUAGCGCCCACCACGAUAUUGGAGCGGUUGGAUACGAAGAUAGCUGAGGAUGCAGGUCUUGUGAACAAAGUUGCAUUUGACAAGAAGGAGAUUCGUGUGCGAACGGGACUCUUCUACAAGCAGAACAAGUUCAACCUUCUACGUGAACAAUCUGAAGGCUACAGCAAGCUCGCGGUGGAACUUACCAGUAACCUUGGACCUGCACAUUCAUCCAUCACUGGCGAACCGAUAGAGCCAUACUCUGCCAUAGAAGAACGAGCACGACCUGUAUGGGAGAAACUCAUGAGUCUCAUUGGGUACUUCGAUUUGGAUCCCAACAGAGCUUUGGACAUCAUUCUGGACGUGCUCAUUGUGCAUCUGUCUGCCCACUAUAGCUUUUUCCUUGCCUUGCUUUCGUUCUCGCCAUGGGCGCCCCCGACGAGAAGGCCGUUGAAUGAGAGGGAUGGUAUCGAUGAGCCGAUACACUGUUAUGAGGGAAAGAUUCUAGAUGACGUGCUGGCUAUGGCCGAUCAUGGAGGGGAGCAGCCUGCAUCAGUUGAAGUCAGCGAUCCGCGUGUGUUGGCACAAGUGCUUGGCUUCAAGUUCACAUACUAUCAAUCUGCCGAUGUUACUGAAGCAACACCGAAGAAUUUGUAUCUCACUGCUGCCCUAUUGAUUCGACAAGGCUACGUUACUCUCGAAGAUCUACAUCCUCAUUUGGCCCCCGACGACGUUGAGAUGGAGAAAGUGCGGACCGAGUACGCGAACUCGGUCAAGGCCCGAAUGAGUGCUGCUCGAGUCAGUGCAUUGGCCAUGGCGGCUCCUCUGACACAAGAAGGACCUCCCGCUGCAAAAAGUAGCAGCAAAGUGACCUCGGCGAAUCCGAAGCCGGCAGAAGCGAAGAAACAGGAAAACCAAAAGUUGGAGCUUCUGAAAGCCCUGCUGGCAAUGGGCUCGCUCCGACCCGCCGUGGCGACCAUGUCCAAAUUCCCAUAUCUUGUUGAUGCGCACCCGGAGACCGCGGAUUUGGUGUUGAGGACGCUCAAGCACUCGGUUUCGACGUUGUACGAGACACAAGUGGCCAACAAGCCUCGAGCUGCGAAUUUCGGGACACCUCGACCCCGCUUUGGAACGACGGGCCUCAUACGGCCACCUCCACGGAAGGGUCUGCUCACGCUCGUCGCACCAACUCCGCCAUGUACCGCCACCCACGACUUCGUGUUCUUUUUCCCGCGGUGGACAGAGCGGAUACCCGUCUGUUCGACGCUGGACGAGCUGAUUCACGUAGUGGAGCCGCUCAUGGCAUUCGUCGGCAUCCAUGCCUCACGUGAUCCAGUGUUCCUGACGAAGCUGUCGAGACUCGCCAGGGUGCAUCUCCAGGCGUCCAAACCCAGCGACGAUGGUGAAGAUCCUAUUCGGAGCUUCUGGUUCAUGAUGUUGCGCAAGUAUCUGCUGCCGUCUCUGAGCCUAGGCAAAUCGAAUGCGACGCUGAUCGUGGACGUCUGGAACACUAUUCGGCAAUACGAAGCGGAGAAGCGCUGGCAAUUGUAUGGAGAGUGGAAGACGACUAUGUAUCAGUCGCAUGCUGAGUUGCGGGUGCGAUUCGUGCAGGUUGACAGGGAAUCGAAAGGCAUCAUGCGCCGGCUGUCGAGCCAGACUGCAGAUUCUCUCUCGGGUUCGGUGUCGAAGCUGGUCAACUGCCAUCCGUGCAUCUUUUUCGCCAACGCGGUAAAUCAAGUGAUGGCGUACGACAAUCUGGCGCAGGUCGUGGUGAACGCGUUCCGCAAUCUGACAACGAUGGCGCUGGAUGUGCUGGUGUUCAUCAUUCUGGAUGCACUCUCCAAUCCAAACAAGGACCGGGUCAAAGAGGAUGGGGUGAACACGAGUGAUUGGCUGCAAAGUCUCGCGUCGUUUAUCGGCAUGCUCUUCAAGCGCUAUGCCGGAGAUCUGACGCCUGUUCUCAAAUAUGUUGUCAACCAGCUUCACAAUGAGCAAACCGGCGAGCUCAUUGUCCUACGCGAGCUCAUUUGGAAGAUGGCUGGAAUAGAACCUUUGCCGAGUCUGUCUGACUCGCAGAUCGCGGCGAUGGCCGGAGGACCUGUACUGCGGAUCGAAGCGAUCGCGUCCAGCACCCGAGGAGCUGCGCUGGAUCCAAACGAGGUGCUCAGAGGACCCCAAAGGCUUGGAAAGGCGCUCGUGGACUCGUCGCUCGCGCUGCCGCUGCUGAUCCAGAUAGCCCAGCAGCGAGAGGCUUGUGUAUACAAAGCCCCCACACCUCACCUCAAGUCCCUGUCCAGUCUGUUCGACUCCACGCACGGCGUUCUCUUCCAAUAUCUGGAGCUGCUCACUUCCCCGUCGAUCGUGUCUGGCGAGGAUUAUGCAACCAAGGUUCUGCCGUCGCUCGCUGAACUGGGCGAUCUGUAUGGGAUUUCUGCCCCGAUGUGCAUGCACAUCAUCCGGCCCGUCUUGAAUGCCAAGUUGAUGAUUGCCGCCCAAGCGAUGCAGGAGACCGAGCGCAUCGCUGCGGAAGAGCAAGAGAAACGGCUGAAAGCAGCUCUCACUGCGAAGCUGCAAUCAUCGACUUCGACUCCGCGAGUCGCUUCCCCUGGGGUGGAUGUGAAGCCUGAAGCAGAAGCUAAGGCUGAGGCGGAAGUCAAGGCUGAAGCGGAGGCUAAGGCUGAAGCCGGCAAAGAAGAUGUGAGCAUGGAAGGAGUCGAUUCGCCUACACCUGUUCCAGUGGUGCAACCAAAGAGUCCCUGGCUACCUGAACUUGUUCCUCUGUUCGACGACAUCAAGAAGAUCGCGCCGGCGACUGCCAUGGAAGUCUUGGGCCCAGCAUUCUAUCUUUCGUUCUGGCAGCUUUCGACCUACGAUUUGUCGCCUCCGAGCGCCAAAUACGAUGAGAUGUGCUCGACACUCAAGAACCUGGCGAACGAGGAAAACCGCAGAGCUCAGUCCGCUGACAGAUCUCCGGAUCGCAGUGUCCGGGCUACUGUGCCGUCGCACCGCGCGAAAAGCCACCGUUACACGACCUUCAUUACCCAUUUGACGGAGGAAUACAAGCAACAGACCGUUGCACGGGCUUUUACCAUUAAAAGAUUGGCGCGAGAGAAACAUCAUUGGUUUGCCAAAACAUCGAGCCUGUCGUCUGUGAUCAUCGGUGCCUUUGUCGACCAUUGCAUCCAGCCACGGUGUCUGCUGUCGCCCAUGGAUGCGGAUUAUUGCGCGCAGUUCAUCAAGCUCCUGCACACACUGAACACGCCCUACUUUCACACGGUCAAGUGCUACAACCGGAUCCUCGGAGAAGACACGGUCCGCGCUGUGCUCUUCUCUUGUAGCGAAUAUGAAGCCCGCAACUACGGCCGCUUCCUCCGCGGGCUGCUGGCCGACACACUGAAGUGGUAUCAGAACCAGGAUCAGUACCAUGCCGACAACCAAUCUGUGGUCCGCGGGAAUGUCGUCUACCACACCGGAUUUGUGCCGAAAUGGACGGCGGGACCGGUUGAGCUAAAUGAUCUGCUGGAAUGGGGGACGAUGUUCCGGCGCAUGGUGCGCAAGUGGCACCUCCGGAUGAGCAAAUGCUUCGCCGAAUGCAUCCGGACGGGGGAGUACAUGCACAUCUACAACGCGAUCAUCAUGCUCAAGGAGAUGUUCCCGGUGUUUCCGCUGUCCGAGGUGUCGCCUGAGGCGUGUACGGCACUGCACCAGGCGAUGGUCAAGUUUUUGGAGGUCGAGACCAGGGACAAUCUGAAGAUCCUGGGCCGAGCGUACUUUGCCAGCUUGGAUAAACGUGUGGAUGCCAAGACUACGACGACGGCUAGUACGAAAGCUGCUGAGAAACCGGUCAAAGGUGUGGAGAAACCACCGGCUUCGGCGAGGGAUGCUGCUCCCAUAUCGACUCCCGCACCAGUACCGACUGCUGUUGCGACUCAAGCUCGAGCACCGUCAGCGCCACGAGCGCAGCUCGCUGCCAUUCCAGCAUCAGUGCCGGAGAAGCCGGUCGGACCUGCACCAACACCAUCUACGUCGUCCAUGUUCGCAAACAUCCAGAAGCCUCCAUUCAUGAAGCGCGUGCGAGAUGGUGCGCCGCCACUUCUGGCGUCCAAUGAUGCUGAAGGCUCGGCCGGGGGCUCGAGGUUCAACAGCCCGAGCUCAGUGCACAACUCGCCGCGUCCGGUCGUGGCGCCCUCGACCCCGACACCAGCCAUGCCGCCGCCCGCUGCACCGAGCCAGACAAGGGACGCCCAAGAGCUGAGGGAGACUGCGAAACAGUCUAUCGUCAAGAAGGAGAGUGCCGCUCCGUCGAACGGCAAUUCUCGCGGAUCGUCUCCCCGGCGCAGAUCAACGUCCCCAUCUCGACCGGGAACGAGGAAUCACAGCGCCGAGAGUCGCAACAGCGGAGGCCGGGAUCGUGAGCGCGACGAGGGCAAGCGAUCAUCUGACCGCGACCGCGAACGCGAUCACGUGCACGGUCAGGCGCGACGCGAGAGUGGCCGCGAGUCCCGGGGCGGCGAAUCUCGGGACAAGGACCGACGAGAUAGGCAUGGUGACCGGGAACGCGACCGCGAUCGAGAACGGGACCGGGACAGAGGCGGAGACCGGGACAGGCAUGGAGAUCGGGACCGGGACCGGCAUCGUCGAGAGAAAGACGCACCAUCUAGGACCCCAGGGGGACCCGGGACGGCGAUGCCGACCUCGGUGACGGAACCGAAUUUGAGGCAUCGCAACGGGGCGCCGGAUGAUGGACUGGGCAAGCGGCGGAGGUCAUCGACGGAUGAUGAUCCGGACCGGGGAUCGAAGCGCAGCUCCCGUGCACACCGAGACGAGCGCAGUCGUCGGCCCGAGAGCGAUCGACGGCGGAAGGAGGAGGAGGGGGAUAACAGGACCUUGGACGAAGCUUCCUCAAAAUCAGCACCACCCUCCACUCCCACUCCCGCUCCUGCUCCUGCGCCUGUGCCUGCUCUUCCUCAGACCCCAGCGGUGUCGGUCCCGUCUGGCCCACGUGCCGGACGACCGACACCGCCAGCGCCUUCACCGAUCUCGGCACCCCAUGGGCUUGCUCGUGGACUACCGCCGAUUCCGAUGAGCUCGAGUACGCCAACGCUGUCGAUGGGGAAUGGUGCCGGCCACCGACCACAGUCGCCGCCAUUUAGCUCUAGUGCCAGUAGCGGCGGCGGCAGUCUGCGCUCGCGGAUGGGCGGGAUCAUGUCACUCGAUCCUCAUGCUGCGCCGUUCCGACCGAGGGAGGACGACAGGGACCGGGACCGGGAUCGGGACAGCCGUAAGCGGACGGCAUCCGACCGGGAUCUGGAUAACGGCGGGCCUGGCUCGGAGCAGAAGCGACCGCGUGUGCUGCAUCGCAAUCGGUAUGUCGGGCCGCCAUCGUCAGGCCCGAAUUCGCCGAAUCCGAAUCAGUACAGCGGUGUCGCGAGGAAGACGCUGCCGAUUGACCGUCGGCCCAAGGAGUAGUUGUUUGUAGGCAUAUAUCCAACCAGGUGUAUGUACACGAUGCAAGGAUGGCUGUGCAGAAUAGUGGAGUCAUACGCUGUCUCUUCUGCUUCUCUCCCUCAACACUCACUGCCUUUUCUCUACAUACCGCAGCGAAAGCAAGAACCAAGCUAGUUAAGCGACAGAACAGGCGCUGAGAUUCAAUCCGGCGAGCAGAAUGAUACGAUUGAGAUUCUAUUCCCAAUUCCGUGCAAUGUAAGCAAUAGAAUGAGGUG